AUGCUGGCGGCUCACAAAGACCAAGAGAAUCUGGCGUUUAGCCGUCAGGCUGGAGGCUCGAAAGCGCUCAACCAAAAGCCGAUGGGGGCUCGAUAUCACAAAACGCCCCUCAAGGUGCCCCUAAAUGAUGAGAACGCUCCAACUGGGCUUGGGAAGAGCGUUCUGGGAGCAAAAAAUGGAAACACAAUGCUUCGAACUGUUGGUAAAGGCAAAGCCGCGCCUGCCACUCCAUCAGAACCUCUUACAGCACGCGCACCUCUGGGCAACAAAACGACCAAUGCGAAAGCAAGGACUGGACAAAUCCAAGGCGUCAAGAGCAUUGUUCGAGAGAUUGAGAAGAGCCAAGCCCCCGCCACUAUCAACAGACCACCAAAGCAGACGUCGACCAACCGGACUGAGUCGGGCAAGCUCGAUGUCCACACCGAUGCCCCCACGGGUCCUGUAGCGGAGGAAGAGAUCGAAUACGCGCCUCCGAGGGUAGAGAUACCUUACGAAUCGGAGGACUUCAAGGAUGGGGUACUCAGCUAUGAUGGUCUAAAGCCUCAGAACCGGUUGAGGAACUAUUACCCCUACUACCAUGAUGCCCAGCGGACUGAGCGACGCACAAAGGCCGUCGCAUCUCGGGCUUCUAAGGAUAUCGAGGCUAGCUGGAAGGACAUCGCGGAUGAAUGGGCAGUGGGCGAUGUUUCCAACGCGGCAAACUAUCUUCAGCGGAAAUCAGCAAAGAACGCAGCUGCAGCUAGGUCAACCACAACCUCUACCAUCCCCACCGGCAUCGCAUCAAGAGCGCCCUCAACAAUCGUCUCACGGAAUGCUGCUGGAGCUCUCGGAUCCGCUCCAAGGCCGGCGCUAGCCCCGAGGCCCGACUCCGUGAAGCCACUCAACAAGCCGGCCCGGGUACUUCCCUUUGGUAUCACCGGAAACAAGCCUGCUCAGCGUGCGAUCCGACCUCGUGAAACUUCUGCAGAGGUCGCUGCGGCAGUAUCCAAAUCCACCCUUGGAUACAACAAAGGACGCACUGCAUCCUCCAUGAUUAACGGACGCCAAACCAUGACUACGAACGGACCCCCGGCAACAGCCCCGCCACGCAACCCAAGCUCAGCCUCUGUGCGCACCCCUAGUGUGGCAUCGUCGCAUUCUCGAGAGUCAACAAUCACGCCGGCACGGUUUGCGAAGAGUCAGGCGGAUAAAGAGGCUGAGGAUGAGGCCCAAAAGAAGCGCAUUCCGUUCUUGUCAAUUUUCGACGUGGAGAGUGAAGAUGAGAACGAUGAACCCGCUUCUGCUUGUGAUAUCAGCAUUGAAGCGUUCGAACUCACAGAUGACCUGUAG